AUGGUUAAUGAUCAUUUAAUUAUUCUUAAUCGUCUUCUACCAAACACUGAUCAACGCUUAGAUAUGUUUGUUACGGGAGCCAGCAGAGUAGAAAUCGAUAGUAUUGGAGGUCGUCUGAGUGCUAAUAGUGGUCUGGUAUUAGCUGCGCGAACAGCAAUGAUUUAUCUUCCUGCAGGUACUUACAUAUUUAAUGUUGGUGUGCGAUCGGAAUACGAAUUAGGUCGUCUAUUCGGUGGUAUAGUAACAUAUGAAUUAUCUCAAUUCGACAGUGAAAAUCAAGAUUUGGGUGAUCUAAAACUGGCUACAUUUCCAUCAUAA